AAGCCGGAGCGCGAGAAUUCAGGGGGUGGGAAGGUGUGAGCCACAAGUCCAGAGGAGGGCGGGAAGGAGGAGGAGGGGAGCCCGGGGGUGGUCAGGGGGACUGAGAGGUCCAGCCUGCAGAGGUCCCUUGGCCUCCUGUCUGACUGACUGACUGACUGACUGACUGGCUUCGGCGGCCUCGAGCCCGAAGUCGGGGAGCUGCCUGUGUGCGGGCGGCGACAGGAGCGGAGUCAUGGCCUCGGGUGGCUAUAAUCCCUAUAUAGAGAUAAUUGAGCAACCGAGGCAGAGGGGCAUGCGCUUCAGAUACAAAUGUGAAGGACGCUCAGCAGGCAGCAUUCCAGGCGAGCACAGCACAGACAACAACCGGACAUACCCAUCUAUCCAGAUAAUGAACUAUUAUGGAAAAGGAAAAGUGAGAAUUACGUUGGUAACAAAGAACGACCCCUAUAAACCUCAUCCUCAUGAUUUAGUUGGGAAAGACUGCAGAGAUGGUUACUAUGAAGCAGAAUUUGGACAAGAACGCAGGCCUUUGUUUUUUCAAAAUUUGGGCAUUCGUUGUGUAAAGAAAAAAGAAGUAAAAGAAGCUGUUAUUUCAAGAAUAAGUGCAGGAAUCAAUCCCUUCAAUGUCCCUGAACAACAGUUGCUUGAUAUUGAAGACUGUGACCUCAAUGUGGUGAGACUGUGCUUCCAAGUUUUCCUCCCUGAUGAACAUGGUAACUUGACAACUGCGCUUCCUCCUGUUGUGUCUAACCCAAUUUAUGAUAACCGUGCUCCAAAUACUGCAGAGUUAAGGAUUUGUCGUGUAAACAAGAACUGUGGAAGUGUCAGAGGAGGAGAUGAAAUCUUUCUACUUUGUGACAAAGUUCAGAAAGAUGACAUAGAAGUUCGGUUUGUGUUGAAUGAUUGGGAAGCAAAAGGCAUCUUUUCACAAGCUGAUGUGCACCGUCAGGUAGCCAUUGUUUUCAAAACUCCACCGUAUUGCAAAGCUAUCACAGAACCAGUAACGGUAAAAAUGCAGCUACGGAGACCCUCCGACCAGGAAGUGAGUGAAUCUAUGGAUUUUAGAUAUCUACCAGAUGAAAAAGAUACUUAUGGCAAUAAGUCAAAGAAACAAAGAACAACUUUACUUUUCCAGAAACUGUGGCAGGAUUGUGAUAAGUAUUGUGCUAAUUUAAGUGAGAAAUCAAGACCUGCAGAAGCAAGAUUCAUCAAAAAAGAAUCAAACUUGUUUCCUCAUAGUACAGUUCGGACAGAAACGGGGGCUGCCAGUCAAGCAGAAUCCUACUAUUCCCCAACUGUGUCCAUUUCAAGUGAAUUUACAACCCAUAUUUCACCUAUAACCUCAGUGGUACCUCCAUCUUCUUCAAGCUGGUCCUCAAUGAUCUACUCCACCUCACGCUCAAUCAAUUCAAAUCUACUGGGUAGUUUUCAAGCAGGUACACUUUCCUCUAAUUCACAAGGUAUCUCAUCAUUCCUGGAUAUCUCUGCUGGAAAUGAUUUAAACACUUCUGAUGCUUGCAUUUAUAACAAUACUGAUGACCUAAACAGAAUGGAAGCGUCACGCAUGUCAUCAGCUAACAUGUAUAUUACGGAUGCCAACAUAUUGCCUGACUGCUCUGUGAAUAUGAUGACAACCAGCAAUGACAGUAUGAGGGAAGCUGAUAACCCAAGACUCCUGAGCAUGAGCCUGGAAAAUACCUCGUGUAAUUCCUUGUUAGACCCAAGAGACCUGAGAGAGCUCCAUCAGAUGUCUUCCUCCAGUAUGUCAGCAGGAACCACGUCUAGUUCUUCUGUUUUUGUUUCACAGUCAGAGGCAUUUGAGCGAUCUGACUUCAAUUGUACAGAUAACAGCAUGAUAAACGAAUCUGGACCAUCCAACAGCACUAAUCCAAACAAUCACAGUUUUGUUCAGAGUAGUCAAUAUUCAGCUAUUGGCACUAUGCAAAAUGAGCAGCAGCUGAAUGACUCCUUUGCAUAUGGAUUUUUUCAAGUGUAAUUUGCAAAGUUGAAAUGUUUGCAAUUAUUUUGAUGUUACCUAUAUAGAAACAACAUUUUUUGUCUAGCCAAGAAUACAAUACAAAACCAAUUUUUGCUUAUUAAUAAUCCAGGAACUUGUUUUACAGGGAGUAAAACAAUUCACUAUAAUUUUGGUUACAUAGAGCAUAAAACAGUGUUAAAACAGUGCAAGCAUUGAUUACAUAGAACAGAAAGCUCAGGAAGCAGAACGUAAAGGCCUUUAUUGCUCCUUGUAUUUAAUGAUAUGGCCUGAUAUGUAUGGUGUGAUUCUUGUCCUUUGUUUUGCCAUAUUUCUCUAGUACAGACUUAUGAGAAUGUUAAAACAAUAUUCCUGUGUGCUUUUUAUACUUCUUUUAUAAUGUAUUAAUGUAUCUGUAGUUAAAUGAACUAACUGAUAAUUUGCUGUCAAGCAAAUUUAAGGUAAAACCUGUAAUGGCUAUGUCAUUGGAAAAAUUAAUUCCUUAUUGUUUUUGAGGCCCUUGGGCCAAGGUGACCCCUAAGGGGUUUUCUGUGGCUUCUUGGAGUUUCUUAGAUUUAUAUGUCAAAACUUCUGUAAAAUGUUAAGUUGGGCAGAAGGCAGUAAAAGUGAGCUUUCGAGGUAUGGGAGGUUUUCUACAUUUUAUACUGUUAAAUCCAUACCUUUACAGUGCCUCAUAAUUUUGGAUUUAUAUCCAUAACUUUAAGGGAAGAAGUUUCUUUGAACUUUUUUUUUAUGUGUCCUCUCCCUGUGUUCUCAAAACUGCCUAUUUAACAUUUCCAUCUAGAAAUCUAAUUAAAGAUCAAAACUCCAUAUAUGCAACCUAAGUUUUUGAACUUCCCUCCCAAACUUGCUUUGCCUUCAGUAUUCCCCAACUCAGUAAAUGGCAAUGCCAUGCCUCUAAAUACUCAGGCUGAACACUUGGAAUCAUCCUCGAUUCUUCUUUCUUUUUCUCUCCCAAAUCUUUCAGAAAAUCCAGUAGCUCCUACCUUCAAGAUAUAUGCAAAAACAGACCAUUCUUUGGAGUUCUGCUACUAACACCCUAAUUAUAAACCACCAUCAUCUCUGGCCUGUAUUGAAAUUAUAGCUUCCAAAACCCCUCUUCACUUCUUUGUGCCCCAACAGUCUGUUCACCAAGUAGUAAACAGUAUGAUUUUUGUUUGUUUGUUUCUAAUGCCAUUUAGAUGACCUAAGCAGAAUGGACGCGUCACACAUGUCAUCAGCUGACAUGUGGGUUGGACUCAUGAGCUACCAACCCACCUUCCCAACCACCAUGCAGCUAUAGGCACUCCGCCCUCAUUGUUCCUCCCCAAAAAUACGAAAUACAUGCCCACCCCAGAAUCUUUAUAGUUGGUAUUUCCUCCACCUGGGAUGCUUUUCUCCCAGAUGAAAAUAUAACUCACCCGAUCUAUUCUUCAGGUCUCUCCGUUCCUCUAUCUGGUCAGGGUCUCUGCAUUUCCCACCUCUCCCCCUGCCCUUACAUAAGUCCAUGUUAUUUACCGUGAUCUGACUUUAGUAAUCAUUUAUUUUUACUGUUUGUUUUCCUCUACUGGAAUAUAAUACAUUCCCCAAGGGUACAAUUUUUAAAUUUUUGAAUUGUUGAACCUCUAGUUUAUAGAACACUGUCUGCCUCAAUAUAGAACAUAUUUCUAGUUUUUUAAGGAACAAUUAAUAGUUUUAACUGUUAGAUGUUUAUGGUUUUUGUACAUUGUGCCUAUUGUAAUGUUGAGUUCAUGUUAGAAUGAUGUAUGUAUUCAAGUCUAAGAUUGAUAAUGGUAGUCCAUUAUUGUCAAAAGGCAAAAUAAUCACAGUGGUUAAAUGAUGGUAGAAUUUGGGCACUCAUUGUGAUGAAUUAUCCUGAUGUUUGGCAACUAACUUACAAAAUGCUUGGUUAGUAUUUCUCCAGUUAUGAUUUUUAAAGUAGCUGUUUUAUUAUAUACAUUCUAAAAAUCAUAAGUAGCAUUUUUAAUAGAGCUUACUAGGAAAAAGAAAACCUUGAAGGAACCAUUUUUUUUCUGUUAAAAUUUUGAACUUAAGAGUUCUGCAGAUGAUGGUAAGUUUUUUGAAAAUACAGAAUUUUAUAAUUCUGUAUUAAUUGGCAGUUAUCAGUUUAAAGCCACACUGUUACACUAGGUAAAUAAAUUUUUUAAAAAUACAUAAGCAUUGACUUCUUUUGUAGCUUUUUCAUUUGUAUUGUAAGUACUGUUAUACCCAUGUUUAGAGGGUUUUCAAGGAAGUUUUCAUUUUUAGGUGCUAUUUACUGGUUACAGAACUUACUUUGUAAUUUAAAGCAAAUUAGGCUACAUGUUUCUACUCUGUUAAAUGUGUGUGUGUGUGUUUUACUUUCACCUGUUCUUUUAACAUUGCACUUUCGUUUUGCGAAAAAGGUCCGUUCUUCCUAAACUCUACUUGUGCCCUUAAUUCUUCUUUCAUUCUUUCCCAUCCUGUUUCUCAUGCCCUCACAUCACCAGUGUUCUUUUUUUUAAUGGCACAAUAAAUGUCUUCUGUAAUCCGAAAAGAUUAAAAGCCAAUUUUCCUGCCACCCUUCUGCUCUUUCUCUUUACAUCCUGACUUUGCAGCCUGCAUCUCCACUUUCCAUUCAUUCCAUAGCCUGUUGCUAACUUUAGCUUUUACUGUUUUCUCAGAAUAUUCUGGAAAGUGGCCAGAGACUAUCCCCCUUGUCAAGUCAGGUAUCUGUCAAUCUUCAUUCACCCUGCUUGACUUACCCCAUAACCAUUCAAUUCCUUUGACUACUUCCUCUUUGGACAGUCCUCUCAAAGAAUCUGUUUUGUUUUUCCCUGGGGUCUCAACCCAGAUCCUUAGUUGGCAGUCAGUUUGCCCUGUGUGAUCUCAGCAGGGCUCAGCGCUGCAGCUUCUCUCAUGAUACCAAGAGGCCCUUUUAAACUGACUUUUAAUCACUUAUUCUCUGCUCUCCUUAAGCAUUACCAUUUACCCUGCCGUUUAAGACA